AUGGAGAGUGAUUUGCAUGAACUUGAGCCAAUUGAAGAGUAUGAGAAUGAGGAUUCUCUUGAAAUUAGUGAUAAGGCUACUGUUGAAGCAACCAUUGAUACUCCUAUUAAUGAGGAUCCAAAUGAAAAGAAUGUAUAUAAGAGAAAGUCUAGGAAGAAAACUUCUACUGUAUGGAAUCAUUUUGAGCAAGUUGAGGUUUCUGAUUCUGACUGGCGGUUAAAUAGGCGUGUGUUGAACUUUUGUAAUAUUCCGCCUCCACACUCUGGACUUCUUAUUGCUGAUGCACUUCAUAAAUGUUUUAGAGACUGGGGUAUUGAGAGUAAAGUUUGUUCAAUAACUGUAGACAAUGCCAAGGAAAAUGAUGUAGCAUUGAGGCACUUGCGAGAUGUUUUUAAUAUGAGAAAAUCUCUUGUAGUUGGGGGCAAGUUGUUUCAUGUGCGUUGUUGUGCACACAUAACUAAUUUGAUGGUUCAGGAUGGUCUUGGCGAGAUUGGAGAUAUUGUUGAUUGUGUGAGGGACGGAAUAAAAUUCUUGGUAGCAUCUGAGGGAAGAUUAAAGCAAUUUACUGAAAUUGCAAAGAACUUGCAUUUGUCAUCCAAGAAGUUAUUUUUAGACGUACCUACUCGUUGGAACAGUACAUAUUUGAUGUUGUCAGCUGCAUAUGAGUUUAAGGAUGUAUUUUCUAUGUAUGGAUUCAACGAUCGUCAAUUUACUUGGGUGCCAUCGCAUGAAGAUUGGGAUAAAGUCAAAUCUGUCUGUGAACUUUUGGGGGUCUUUAAUCGAGUAACCAAGAUUGUAUCUGGUAGUGACUAUCCAACAUCAAAUUUAUUCCUUCCUGAAAUUUGGCGAAUGAAAGAGGUUCUAAUUAAGAAAUGUGAUGAUGAAAAUGAUUACAUUAGAUAUAUGGCACGUCGAAUGAAAGCCAAGUUUGAUAAAUACUGGAGCGAGUGCAAUUUAUUGAUGGCAAUUGCAGCAAUUUUGGAUCCAAGGUUUAAGUUGGAACAGGAUCUUGCAAGCAAAGUUCAAGAAAACUCUUCAAGUAGUCAUUCAAUCUAUGCAGUUGAUGAUGAGGAGGGUGGUGUGGAAAUGUGGGAGUCUUUUCUCAAAAGUGCUGAAACAGUGCUUCAACCUGUGAAAUCAAAGUUAGAAAUGUAUCUUGAGGAGGGUGUAUAUAUACCUAACAAGAACAUUGAAUUUAAUGCCUUGGAUUGGUGGAAAGCGAAUACUCUCAAGUAUAAUGUUUUGUCUAAAGUGGCCAAAGAUAUUUUGUCAACACCGAUCACAACUGUAACUUCAGAGUCUACAUUCAGUGCCGGAGGAAGGGUUAUUGAUCCACAUCGAGCAUCAUUAUCAACUGAGACAGUUCAGAAGUUGUUAUGUGGGGCUGAUUGGGUCAGAUCAAUAUAUGGACUUAAAAAGAAGUGUGGGAAGAUCUCAAUAGACAAGAUAGGACUCGGGUAUGUAGCCUCUGCUUCUAAUAUCCCAUCUACUUCCAAGACUGUGUUUGUCAAGCCCACUGUCCCCAAGCCUCCGACCACCUGCGUGGAUAAAGGAAAGGAAGUAAUUGGUGGAGAUGUUCCGACUAUUGCAAAAGCCACUCAAAAGCUUCCUACCAUUAGAAGGCCCCUUAUAUGUCAUCACUGUGGUUUGAGUGGUCACAUCCGACCCCAGUGUUCACUUCUCAAGGCUCAGAGAUCAAAGGUUAAGAAGGAGCUGCUAAGCCAAUCUACAUCCGCCACUAGACCUCUGCAACGACAUCAGGCUCAACAGCAUCAGAGAGUUGAUGCUGCGCUUAUUGGGACUAUUAACGGGACUGAUCCAAUUCCAUUUGGGGGCAUUCCUUUCCCAAAUUCCAUGGAUUCCCCUACCAUGGAAGAACUGCUGAUGUUUGAUCCUUAG